AUGUCCUCGGCGUUGAGUGCACUGCAGCCCCAGCAAGGCAUGCCUGCACCUUCUACUACCGCCAAGCCCACUGCAACACCCCAUGUCGCCACACCGCCGGGGUUUGAGGAGACGACGUCAGCCCUGCCACUGGAGCGCCAUCCUCCCAGCACAGCACCUGCCUUCGUUUCGUCGCUUCGUCGCAGCCUCGAGGACAACAGCGAGGACGAGAACGAGGUACCACUUUCUACUGCAACUGGCAGCGUCCAACGCAGUGCCAAGCCGAAGAAAGGCCAUCGCGGCCGGUCGGCCAGUGCCAUCGCCCGGCGCAACGCGAUAAGCAUGAGCCGCCUCGUCGCCAAGCAUAUGGCCGAACACGUCUUGGAGUAA